AUGCCAGACCAGCUGCUAGUGCUUAUCGGAUCUGAUGGCAAGCGUGUUACUGUGAGCCGUUCCGCCGCAACGCAAGCCUCUUUGGUGCUGCGCGACCUUCUCGACGGGAGAGAACCGACGGGAAAUAUCCCAAGUGGGCCCAAUGAGGAGAAUGGCAACGUUGUAGUCGAUACAACCAGGGGACAGGUGGUGCAGGGAAGCAGUAGCAGUAGAAGCAUUCCAGUUGUUGAGCUCCCAUUUCCGUACUUCACUGGUGAUAUUCUUCAGCGAGUCUGUGCGCACAUAACAUACCGAUACAACUAUCAGCCGCCUAGUAAACGGGCUAGUGGGGUAGCUGCGGGAAUUAACAACAACAGCUCCACUGCAUUGAGUGGACUCCCUAUUCGAAAUGUGAUGCGUGAAAUACCGCGGCCAAUGAUGUUGCCACUCAACGAAUACUUAGACUCAUUCGACAGAUGCUUUUUGGAAGACUGGGAUGAGGCAAUCACAGUACUGAUGGUGAAGGCUGCAACAUUGUUGAAUUACGAGGAGCUGCUGAACUUGGCGUCUGCAAAACUAGCGGUGUAUCUGAUGGAGAAAUCGGUUGAAGGUCUCCGUGCACUUUUGGGAGUGGAAAGCGACUUCACACCGGAGGAGGAAGUCUGGUUGAAGAAAGAGUAUGAGAGACUACAAGAUGAAAGGUAG